AUGCCGCGGACGGGUGAGGAGCUGCCCCCGGCCAAGAGAGCGAAGGCGGCGGGCCCCGGCCCCGGCCCCGGCCCCGCGCCCGCCCGCCGAGCCAUGCUGCUGGCGUCGCCCGGAGCCAAGCGGCCGCCGGCCCCCAGCACCGCCGGGGAGGCGCAGCGCCGCAGCCUGCCCAUCUUCCAGGCGCGGGGCCCGCUGCUCGCCCGGCUCCGCGCCCUCGACACCGCCGUCCUCAUCGGGGAAACAGGCUCAGGAAAGACCACUCAGAUUCCUCAGUAUCUCUAUGAAGCCGGAAUUGGCCACCAAGGCAUCGUUGCUGUGACCCAGCCACGCAGAGUAGCUGCCAUCUCCUUAGCCACCAGAGUCUCAGAUGAGAAGAAGACAAAGCUGGGGAAACUGGUUGGCUAUACGGUGCGCUUUGAAGAUCUUACAUCUGAAGGAACUAGAAUCAAGUUCCUAACGGAUGGGAUGCUUCUCCGAGAAGCCAUUGGGGACCCCUUGCUGCGCAAAUACAGCGUCGUCAUUCUGGAUGAAGCUCAUGAGAGGACAAUACACACUGAUGUACUCUUUGGAGUGGUCAAAGCAGCACAAAAGAAGCGGAAGGAGCUGGGCAAAUUGCCACUCAAAGUGGUCGUCAUGUCAGCUACCAUGGAUGUAGACCAGUUCUCUCAAUACUUCAACGGAGCUCCAGUCCUCUACCUAGAAGGCCGGCAACAUCCUAUCCAGAUCUUUUACACCAAACAGCCUCAAAGUGAUUACCUCCAAGCAGCACUGGUAUCAGUCUUCCAGAUCCAUCAGGAAGCACCUUCUUCUCAGGACAUCCUUGUGUUUCUGACGGGUCAGGAAGAGAUCGAAGCAAUGACUAAAACGAGCAGAGACAUUGCAAAGCAUCUCCCUGAUGGCUGCCCGCAGAUGGUGGUGUUGCCUCUGUAUGCUUCACUGCCCUACUCACAGCAACUCCGGGUCUUUCAGUCUGCACCCAAGGGGUAUCGCAAAGUGAUCCUGUCAACCAACAUUGCAGAAACCUCCAUCACCAUCACAGGAAUAAAAUAUGUAUUGGACACGGGCAUGGUUAAAGCAAAGAAGUACAACCCUGAAAGUGGCCUAGAAGUACUGGCAGUUCAGCGUGUGUCAAAAGCCCAGGCCUGGCAGCGGACGGGGCGAGCAGGACGAGAGGACAGUGGGAUCUGUUACCGGCUGUACACGGAGGACGAGUUUGAGAAGUUUGAUAAAAUGACGAUACCCGAGAUACAGAGGUGUAACUUGGCCAAUGUGAUGCUGCAGCUCCUGGCUCUUAGAAUUCCCAAUGUGCUUACUUUUGAUUUUAUGUCCAAACCAUCUCCAGAUGCGAUUCAAGCAGCCAUUGAGCAACUGGAUCUGCUGGGGGCUGUGGAACGGAAGGAGGAUCAGCUUGUCCUGACUCCACUGGGAAGGAAGAUGGCAGCAUUUCCUCUAGAACCCAAGUUCUCUAAAACCAUCCUCGUGUCUCCCAAGUACCACUGCACAGAAGAGAUCCUGACCAUCAUAUCCCUGCUGUCCGUGGACAGUGUGCUUUACAAUCCCCCGUCCCGGCGGGAUGAAGUGCAGGCUGUCAGGAAGAAGUUCAUCUCCAGUGAAGGGGAUCAUCUUACCCUGCUUAGUGUCUACAGGGCCUUCAAAAGUGUCAGCGGCAAUAAGGAGUGGUGCAAAGAGAACUUUGUGAAUGGCCGGAAUAUGCUGCUAGUAUCAGAUGUCAGAGCUCAGCUCAGGGACAUAUGUGUAAAGCUCUCCAUGCCCAUCGAGUCCUCCCGGUCGGAUACGGGGAACAUCCGCCGCUGCCUAGCUCACAGCCUCUUUAUGAACGCUGCAGAGCUACAGCCAGAUGGCACCUAUGUCACUGCAGACACCCACCAGCUGGUGGCCAUCCACCCAUCCUCUGUCCUUUUCCACUGCAAGCCAGCCUGUGUCCUUUACAAUGAACUGCUUCACACCAACAAAUGCUACAUGCGGGACCUGUGUGUGGUGGAUGCAGACUGGCUGUAUGACGCUGCACCAGAUUAUUUCCACAGGAAGCUAAGAACAGCCAAGAACUGACCAGUACUUGGUGAUGUUGGACAAUCUGCCUGGGAUUUUUAGGGUCACAAUCAGAUGUUUUUUGUAAUGAACAAACAGAAGCAAGAGAGCUUUGCUUUGGCAAUCAGGUACAACCUUACAGAAAAACAGCUUCUUCCUGAAAGCUGGACCUCGCGAAUCUCUGCUGGCUUAGAACAAUCAUCCUUGGUUACAAGGAAUUAUGUAAGGGCGAACGUAAUGUAUGCAGUAUGUGUGUGAAUCUAUAUAUAUAUAUAUAUGUAUAUAGUUGGGCAGAGUAAGGGGCAUCAGAUUCCAAUUUUUAAGAUGAGCUCAAGUUUUACUGGGGUACGUAUAAAGAAAUGAGAUCCCAAAAACUCUACUGAGCAGAUUUGAGUUUGGUUUUUUACAGUUGCCCUUGUAUCCUUUGCAAGUUUUAUUGGGGGAAAAAAAAUUAAAUCGUUCUUCUUUCUCUGUAUAGAUAUAGGUAUAUGUAGAGAAAAUGCCUUUUUAAAUGUAUGUUUUUAGGAGGGGAGGUGCUAAUGUCUUUUACCUCAUCAGACAUCUCUGCCUAAUGUCGGUCUCUCCGCCUUAUUUUGAGGCAUCCAAGGGCCAGUAAAGGGUUCCCUGAAUUGACAUUCAUUGCCUGUGCCUGUCUGAGACAUAAACCGUCUGGGCUCGAUAGUCAUGCAGUGCCCAAGAGCGGUUGUCAGCAACCUGUUAGAGCUGUUUUUACUCCUGAACAUUAUUUCUCAGAAUAUUUUGUGUGUGUGUAGAGAUUAGACUGCCAGUGUCUGCAUUUUGCCAAUCGUGUUUGGCCAGUCGUCUUUGCCAGGAGAGGUGUCUCUUGACCCGACAGCCAGGCGUCAAAGCAGACCCCCAGGCCCUGUUCCAGACUAAGCCCAGCAUGUUAGCACUAAAACCCCCCUCUAACUAUGGUGCAUGCACACACACCAAGCUCUAUGUUUUGCUAACCUCAAGCACUAUCUGAUCUAUUGCUUUAGCUAAUCAGGCUAUUUGGUAGCAACUUUCACAAAAAGACUAUGAAGAUGUCUGCUGGAGUCAGACUUCCAUUGAGAACCCUUUAAUCAUCAAACACUUAUUACUUCCAUUAGGGCUUUACACCAGCAUUUCUCUGCUUUUUCUUCCCCCCUUAAUUUAUAUUUUGCCUUGCCUUAUAUUUUUUUUCUGGCAUGGCAACAUUUGUCAUGUCCUAGGCAGUCUUUGCUGCUUACCCCGUUGGAGCGUCUAGCCAUCAGUUUCUUCACUGGAGGAAAACAUUGCAAUAAGAUCCAAUCUUAUUUUUUAAUCCUGUGUUUUAUACUAGAACUAAGAAAGGCUGGACCAGUCUCAUUGCUCGACUCUAGAGCUUUCCCCUCGGGAACGAGCACAAUGCGCUGCUCCAUGUGACAGAGCAGGGGCGGAUAAAAAUGUAGAAGUUAUUUUUGAACAAUAUCCGUGCGAGUACUUCUACCGGGACCUCUCCGAGAGAGGCAGCUUUUCAAUUUCAACAGAAGUCUGUUGGUAGUUUUAGGCCGAGGUGAAUUAAAACAGAUUAGAUUUCGAAAAGGGCGGGAGAGGGACCAGUUUUGUAAACGCAGUGUCACUGUGGAAUAAAACGUGCUUAGUUUAA